UUGCUAAGAAAAAAAAGGCCAGGGAUCCAGAAUCUCCAUCGAGUCCACUCUCCAGCAAUGAGCAGCGAGCUGCCGCCGCCGGCGGCGGCUGCGCCAGCAGCCAAACCUCCGUCGAUCCCCUCCACGGCCACCACCACCACCACCACCCUCGCCACCGCCGGCGACGGAACCACAACCAUAUCCUCGCUGGGCCAAGACCAGCUCCUGGAGAUCUUCCUCCGGCUGCCCAGCCUGCCAGCCCUCGUCCGCGCCGCGCUCACCUGCCGCUCCUGGCUCGGCGCCGUCCGCUCCUCCCGGCCCUUCCGCCGCCUCUUCCGCGCCCUCCACCCGGCGCCCCCCCUCGGGAUCUUCCUCGAGGUCGACGACAGCACCGCCCCCUCCUUCGCCCCCUUGCGCCGCUCAGAUCCGGACGUCAUCGCCGCCCUCCGCCGCGGCGACUUCUUCCUCACCUCCCUCCCGCUGGGCGACGUCGCGCCCAGGGGCUGGACCGUCACGGACUGCCGCCACGGCUACAUCCUCUUGUGGAACACCUUCCGGGCCGUGGCCGCGGUGAACCCCAUGACCUGGGAGGUGGACACCAUCCCGGUGCCCGACGACGUCGUGGACGGGGGUACCAGCGAAUUCGCCUUCCUUAGCUUCCUAUUGCUGUCUUCCGAGGAGAACCCUAGGUCGUUCGGCGUGGUCUGCGUCUGCGCCGACGUGUCUAGGGUUCGCGCCGCCGUCUUCUCGUCGGGGACGAGGGAUUGGGUCAUCCACCCAUGGGCGGAAAUCGGCCGUGAGUAUGGCCUAAUGUACGGUGCUAACACGCUGGUGGAUGGCUCCGUUUACUGCCCUUUCUAUGAGGGAAGAAGUGUGAUUAAGAUAAACACAGCCACCAUGGAUUUCUCCUCUCUGGAUCUACCCUCGCGGGUAAUUGAUUACGGACAGGCGGAUUUCAUCGUUGGGGACACUAAGGAUGGAGAGCUCUGCAUGCUAUAUGCAUCUGAUGAUUUUUACCUCCAUGCUUGGAUCCGUGGUGUGGACGGUGAUGGAAUUGGGAUUUGGGUGCCGCAGCUCAUACUCUCAUUGAGCGCAGAGAUUGACCGGACGAGUGGGGAAUCGGAGGGCAAACUCAGAGUUGUGCAAGCUAGGUCUGGAUGCGUGUACUUGUACUUGACAUGCAUAACCCCUGCUGGCACACAACGCAGCUGGUUAUUCUACCAUUCAUUGGGGACCACGGAGAUUGAGUUACUGAUCAAUGGGACAUUUGAUGACUAUGCCUAUCCGUAUAUUAUGGCCUGGCCUCCUUGUUUGAUUGGUGAUGAUGGGGCCACUGGGCAUGAAGUUGAAGGUUCUCACUAAAAUCUGCAGUUGUGGCAACAGCAGCAGCAGGGGAGAUUUGCGUGUAAGCUGCAAGGUUGUCGUGCUCGGUGUCGAACGCAUUUAUGUUGACUGACCAUGGAAAGUUGGGAAUCAAAUAAUGCAGUUGAUUUGAUUGGUUUGUAGAAAUAAUCUAUUGCCAGAUUGUCUCACGUAUAUAGUGAGUGGUUAAUGAUUAGAAUGAUAUAGUGAGCCUGCUGCUUUGCCAAAUAUCAUGAAUCGUGUAAUCUACUGUCAUUUCAGAACGUUCAGGUUUUUUUAGGGCUUUCAGAACAUUCAGUUAUAAAGUGAGUUCAAGCUUCAAUA